ACUCGGAGCAGCCUCUGUGCGGUGUCAUACCGGAAGUCCACGUCAGUCCUGAGACCAGAACUACACACAAACUGAAACCCGGACUGAACCAGUCUGGAUUAAAACCCGUGUUCAGACACAACUUUUAUUUUGUUUUCGACGCAAUAUGGCGGACGAGGCCACGCGCAGGGCUGUGUCGCAGAUCCCGCUGCUGAAGACGCACGCGGGUCCGCGAGACCGCGCGCUGUGGCCACAGCGGCUAAAGGAGGAGUACCAGGCGCUGAUCCGGUUCGUGGAGCAGAACAAGGCCGCGGACAACGACUGGUUCCGCCUGGAGUCUAACGCGGACGGCACCCGAUGGACCGGCACGUGCUGGUUCAUCCACGAACUGCUGCGCUAUGAGUUCCGGCUGGAGUUCGACAUCCCAGUGACGUACCCCGACACCGCGCCCGAGGUGGCGGUCCCGGAGCUGGACGGGAAGACCGCCAAGAUGUAUCGCGGCGGGAAGAUCUGCCUGACCGAACACUUCGCGCCGCUUUGGGCCCGGAACGCGCCGCGCUUCGGCCUCGCGCACCUGAUGGCGCUGGGACUCGGACCGUGGCUCGCCGUGGAGAUACCGGACCUGAUCGGAAAGGGGCUCGUGAUCCACAAGGAGCGGCAGCGUGAUGCGGCUGCGGAGUAACGUUAAAUAAAAAAAGAAACUGAGCGAGAAGAAAAAUCUGUCAGAAAGUGAUGAUUGAUGAGUUUCUUGAUAAAAACGAGGUGAAGAUGAAUGAAAUGUUGAUGAUGAGGAGGUCACUGAGACCUGACUGAGGUUCUCAGUUUGGAUCAGAAUAAAAAUGGUGUAAAUAUGAACAAAGUUUGGUGGAGACUGAGACGCAGACCGACGGUUCACCUGCUGUUUGUGAUGCUCUGACUUCAGAUUUCUCAGGUGUGUUUGUUCCUGUUUGAUAUUCAGGUGAGGUCAGUUAAAUUCAUCACUCAUUAAAAGAUACAUUUUGAGAUAAAAA